AUGAAGCAGUGGUUUCGAAUGAAACUUACUAAAGAAGAAUUCGACACAGAAGCUCGAGCUUUAUUAAACCCCGAUCAAGUUCAUUAUCAUAAUGAAUUUUUACUGGCUUUGUUGAAUAAAGUUGAAGGCUUAGCCGAGACAUCAAUAAGUAUAGCUCAAGAAAAAGUCAACUCACAUAAUAGAAAUAGCAGAAGACAUAAACGAAAUUCUCGUACAUCUGAGAAAUCUAAUUUCGAACCUGCUGAUUUAAUUGAGUACCUGCCACCUAAUUCACCUCCAGGUGCUGGUAGUGAUGGUGUCAAAUAUGCAACACAGGAAAUAUUCCUCCCAGACCAUGCAUUAGUAGUAGGAAGAUUCAUGUUAGCAGCUUGGGAACUUGGAUUAGAAGGAGCUGAUGAUGAAGCAGCAGAUAUUAUAGUAGUUGCAGUACAAAAUUUUCUUAAAAACAUUAUAAGUGCAGUUUUAGCACAAAGAAAAGGAUAUAAGACAAGAAAUCAGAGAUUUAUGUAUGAUAUAGGAGGGGAUAUGCCAAAUAUGUGGCUAAGAAAUACUAAUAAGCUAUAUGAUCCACAAAGCGAAGGACGAAUUAACUUGGACGACAGUGUUGAUGGUCUGGGACCAAGAUGCCCUCCGACUAUAGAUGAAGUUGAACAGUCAGCAGUGUUUGAAAUUGCCUGCAGUGCACCAUCAACACAGCAAACUGAUGACAGAUUGACUAUAGAUGAAUUAUAUAGUACAUUACUGACACAUAAAAAUGUCAUAGCAUGCCAUUCAGUGUAUGCUGUGAAUAUGGAAAGUAAUAAAUCUAAUAGAAUAGAACAGUUGAAACAA